AUGGAAGGAAGUCCACGUCUCAUAGACUCCGUGAAUAAGACGAGAACGCGGCCUAUGAGACUGCUACUUCUCGGCCUUCCACGCACAGCAACAGAAUCUUUGAAUGCUGCUUUAGAACAACUCGGUUUCAAUGUCUUUUCAUUCCAAGCCAUGUGGUCUAACUGGCAAGAAACGAUCCCUCUGUGGACCGAAGCCAUCGAGGCCAAGUAUCACGGGCGGUGUAAGCCGUAUGGGCGCGCCGAGUUCGAUAAACUUCUUGGCGAUUACGACGUCGUAAAAUGUCCCCAUGCUCUUCUCUUUGCCGAAGAUCUUGCAGCAGCCUAUCCUGAAGCUAAAAUUAUCGUCUCAAAGAGGGAUUAUGAGCCGUGGCGUGCAUCCAUGGAAAAGACCGUUUUUGCUCUACGUCGUUCGGUUGUGUUCCGUCUUCUUCACCCACUUGAUCCGUUCCGAGCUGCUUGGUGGCCCUUUCUGCGCCUUGUUAUGGACACAGCCUAUGGCGGUUGGGCUGAGGCAGUACCCGGACGGGCACCCUACGACGGCCAUCAUGUCCGAAUCGAAGCCAUUGUGCAGGAAAAUCCAGAGAGGAUGCUAAUUUUCUCUGGGCCCAAGGACGGCUGGGGGCCGCUCUGCGAAUUUCUGUGCUUACCUAUUCCUGAGACGGCCUAUCCAUGGAAGAACUCUGGGGGUGACUUUUGGGAAGUUCAAGGGCAUAGGGCGGGCGAGAGGCUUCUGCUGCGCAAGCUAGCACAGCGACUUUCGGCAUGUGCAGGACUUGGAAUGCUGUUGUACUGGUGGCUCAAACGUAGGUAA